GCACAUAAACAUAAAAUAAGAUAAAGACACGUGCGGAAUAGGGCUGUUUUUUGCGUUGCCUCUUUGCGUUGCACAUUUUCACGCACACAGCGACGAGGCGUUGCUCACACAACACCGUUUCACUCUUGUAUCUGCUUAAGCAGAAAUAACCGAUCUAGCUUAACGGCGGGGGGGCGAGGCGGGAAUACACGGAGGGAAUCGCGCAAUUUUCUUCCGGGCCUGCAGCGGCAGCAAACAUGGCUCCCGACCCGGCGGCAGACGACACGCUGGGCAACUCGCUGAUCCCGAUAGUCAACAAGCUGCAGGAUAUCUUCGCGCAGGUGACUGUCGACCUUAAGCUCGACCUCCCUCAAGUCGCGGUCGUUGGAAGCCAGAGCAGUGGAAAGAGUAGCGUGCUGGAGGCGCUGGUGGGACGAGACUUCCUGCCUCGUGGCAAUGACAUCGUCACGCGGCGGCCGCUGCUGCUGCAGCUGGUGAAGACAACGCCUGGGCCCACCGGCAGGCCGUCGGAAUGGGGCGAGUUCCUGCACGCGCCCGGGAAGAUGUUCUAUGACUUCGACCGCAUCCGAGAUGAAAUCCACCAGGAGACGGAGCGUCUGGUGGGCUACAACAAAAACGUCAGCGACAAGCCCAUCCGCCUAAAGAUCUUCAGCCCCCGCGUGCUCACCAUGACGCUAGUGGACCUGCCCGGCCUGACGCGUGUGCCGGUGGGCGACCAGCCGGGAGACAUCGAGCAGCGCAUUCGCGAGAUGGCGCUGGAGUACAUCCGCAGGCCCAACUGCAUCAUCCUGGCGGUGUCGCCCGCCAACGUGGACCUGGCCACCAGCGACGCGCUGCAGCUGUCGCAGGUGGCGGACCCAGAGGGCGUGCGCACCAUCGGCGUGCUGACCAAGCUGGACAUCAUGGACCGCGGCACGGACGCGGCGCACAUCCUGCGCAACGCGCACAUCCCGCUGCGGCUGGGCUACAUCGGGGUGGUGCUGCGCGCGCAGGCCGACAUCGCGGCCAAGCUGCCCAUGUCCGAGUGCCGCAAGCGCGAGGAGUCGUUCUUCGCCUCGCGUGCCGAGUACCGGGACGUGGCGGCGCACUGCGGCGUGCCCACACUGGCUCGGCGGCUGAACGUCAUCCUGGUGGAGCACAUCCGGGGGCUGCUGCCGGGGCUCAAGCGCCGCAUACACGAGGCGCUGGAGGUCCGAAACGCGGAGCUGCGUGCGCUCGGCGACCCGGACCCUGUACAGAGCAAGAGCGCCAAGGGCGCCUACCUGCUGCAGCUGCUGUGCGACUACGCGGAGCGGUACGCCGCCAUGCUGGACGGCCGCCACCUGGACCUGCACAUGGCGCAGCAGCUCAGCGGCGGGGCGCGCGUGCGGGAGGUGUUUACCGAGCACUUCCUGCCGCAGCUGCAUCGGCUGGACCCGGCGCGCGACCUGUCGGAUGCCGAGGUGUCCACCGUCAUUCGCAACGGCGCCGGCGUGUCGGGCAGCCUGCUGGUGGCACAGGAGCCGUUUGAGCUGCUGACCCGCCGCGCGGUGCAGCAGCUGAUGCAGCCGGCGCUGGGCUGCAAGGAGCGGGUGCACGAGGAGCUGGUGCGCAUCGCGGAGCAGGCGUGCCCGCCCGAGGCGGCCAGGUUCCCGCAGCUGCAGCGGCACCUGGCACACGCGGUGGUCGACUUCAUCCACAGCGGCACACUGCCGGCGGACAGCAUGAUUCGCUCGCUGGUGGACUGCGAGUGCGACUACAUCAACUGCGACCACCCUGACUUCAUAGGCGGGCGGGGAGCCAUACGCUCCGUCAUGCAGGACCGGGCCCAACGCCAGGCCGGACCUGGUGCCGGGCGCUUGGGGGGCUCGGGUGACGCCACCUCCGGCACGGCUGCCAGCAGCUCCGGCGCCGCAGUGUCGGGGGCGGUGCCGCGCAAGGUGCUGGGCAAUGUGGAGAACGGCGCGCGCAUGACGCCGCCCGGCAUCGGGCUCAAGGCUCUGGACGGCGCCAGCUCCUUGGACGACGUGCUGCUGGGCACAGGCAGCCGCCGCCGCCGCAGCGAGAGCGAGUCGGACCUGGCCAUGGUGUCCGCGCACACCGGCUUCGGCAUCGGAGGCGGCGGAGGCGCGGGCGGUGCGGGCGGAGGCGGGGGCGGCAGCAGCGGCCUGACGGCGGGCUGGUUCAGCUGGUUCCUGCGCGACCGGCCAGAUGGGGCGGGCGUGCCCAGCAGCAGCAGCAGCGCGAUGUCGGGGCCCUCGGGCGGGGGCAUUGGCAUGGGGCUGGGCCGCCCCGGCGAUGACAGCGUGGCGGCGGCGGCCGCCGCGGCCGCUGGCAGCGUGGCACCGCUGCCUUCGCUUCUAGCGCGACAGGGUGCGGGCGGCGCGGGCCGCUCCCGGCUGACUGACCAGGAGCUGGCGGAGGUGGAGGUGGUGCGCAAGCUGGUGGACUCCUAUUUCAACAUCAGCCGCAAGAAUAUGGCGGACAUGGUGCCCAAGACGAUCAUGCACUUCAUGGUGCUCUACACCAAGCGCGGCCUGCAGCAGCACCUCAUCAAGGCGCUGUACAGGGACGAGCUGCUGGACUCGCUGCUGACGGAGGCGGAGGACGUGGUGGUUCGCCGCAACGCCGCCCGCGAGGCCGUGGCGGUGCUGCGCGCCGCCGUGACGGCCCUGGAGGAGGUGCCACACGAGAUGGCCACGGGGCUGGGCGGCGGCGGUGGGGGGGGCGGCGGCGGCGGCUCCGCCGCCAACGGCUCCGCCUCCAGCGGCACCAGCGGCGCGGCGGGCAGCACCGCCAGCGCAUUCACCGCCGCGGCGGCGGCGACGGCGGCGGCGGCGCGCAACGCCAGCGGCGCGGGGUACCACCAGCACCUGGGUGGGUCGGGGCCGGGCGGCGCGACGCCGCCCAGUGCCAUGCUGCCGCUGCCGACAGUGCCCUUCCCCAACGGGACCGCGUCAGCAUCGUCGUGAAAAAGUCGUGAUGCGGUGGGCCGGGCGGCAGGGGCAGAGGAUACGUGACAGUUGGGGAUGGGUAUCAGCAUGACGUCACCAGGUAAUGGUUGGAGAAGAGAUGCGACAAGUUAGGCAUUUAUAGAUACGACAGCUAGGCAACAGUUAAUGAAAGCGGGCGGUACUGAUGUGGAGCUCGACCAUCAUACCGUAUGUGCUGCCGGCAUGCCGUGCCAACAUCGUUAGUGUGUAUGGGGCACAUAUCACUGCAAUGCGGGUGUCACGCGGGUUGGUGCAGGAUGGACAAGGACACUGGUGGCGAUUGCUGUGGCUCGGAGGAGGUACCUGGGUGGCGAGCCUUUGCUUGCAGCAGUCAAGGCGGCACGCGCACUUGGCAUGCAUGCGCCAGGCUCAAUCCCAGCAGUGGUUUUGAUCACCAGGUUCGCAGCAGGUGCUAGGUGCUAAAGGAUGGCAGGGGCCUAGCUUGCGUCUGGACAGUUGGCUGUGUGCAGGCGGGGUGCCUGGUGGACCGGGAUGCGUUGGGGAUAUUGAGGGUGAGUUCGACAAGCAGGUUACAGCCUGAUUGCCUGUUGCGCUUUCUCCGAUCAGGUCAACCCUAGGAUGCUUUGCCAGGCAGGUGUAUCUGAAGGAAUUCUAAACUAUAGCUACUAGGCGCGCAUGCGCUUCAAUGAAAUGGCGCCGGCACAGGCGUCCGCAUGCUAGCAGCAAGCCUGCAGGCUCAAGCAUGCUGCUGUAACAAACAAAACGG